AUGGCCUCGCAAGCUGAUUACAAGGACCGUCAAUUCCUUGCGGUCAUCGGCGACGAAGACUCCGUAACAGGCCUGCUUCUCGCGGGUAUUGGCCACGUAACUACUGGCGCCGAUGCUCAGAAGAACUUCCUCGUUGUUGAUGGCAAGACUGAUACAGCUGCUAUCGAGGCCGCGUUUGAUCGAUUCACCGAGGAUCGCAAAGAUAUUGGCAUCGUACUCAUCAAUCAACAUAUCGCCGACCGAAUCCGACAUCGCAUUGACACGUAUACCGCGGCUUUCCCUGCCGUGUUGGAGAUACCAAGCAAAGACCACCCCUACGACCCUGAGAAGGAUAGUGUAUUGAGACGAGUGCGACGUCUUUUUGGAGAGUAG